CGACCUGUGCCAGUCAUGUCUGGAAGAGGGAAGGGCGGGAAAGGCUUAGGCAAAGGUGGCGCUAAGCGCCACCGCAAAGUCCUGCGAGACAACAUCCAAGGCAUCACCAAGCCUGCCAUCCGGCGUCUUGCUCGGCGUGGAGGAGUCAAGCGGAUUUCGGGCCUCAUCUACGAGGAGACCCGGGGUGUGUUGAAGGUGUUCCUGGAGAACGUCAUUCGGGACGCGGUCACCUACACGGAGCACGCCAAGCGCAAGACGGUCACCGCCAUGGAUGUGGUCUACGCCCUCAAGCGCCAGGGACGCACCCUCUACGGCUUCGGAGGCUAAGCUGCCGCUCCAGUUUCACGUGUGAUGACCCCAAAGGCCCUUUUUAGGGCCAAC